UGUGUUGGACCACGUUUGGAGCCAGGAUUAUCACAAGUGGGAACAACUAAAGAACUGCUUAGAUUGCGGGGCUCGUGGAAGUACCCUCUUAAUAACAACACGCAAGAUGGAUGUUGCACGAGUAGCUGGAUCCAAAGAGAUGGACAUCAUUCACCUGACGAAUCUUGAAGAGCAGCACUGUUUGUCCAUUAUCAGGGACGAGUUAUCCACUUUCUCCGAUCCAGAGAAAGUCUUCCACAAAUACUGCAAUUACAUUACAUUGAAGUCUCAGGGGGUGCCUCAUAUUGCAAAGUAUCUUUGUUUUAUCUUGCGUCGUGCACCUCCUUUCUCAAAACAGUGGCAAUUAUUAGAAAGGGAUCUCUCAGCAGCUCCAAGAGGAACUCAAAACCCAAUCAUGGAAGAUGAACUUGAUAGCGAUUUGAGUUAUGAAGAGGAGAGCGAGGAGGAAAAAGCAAGGCAACCGACGACUUCAUUUGUUCAUGCAGCAACAAUACAUGGACGAGAUGAUGUUACUGGAGCUUUAAUUGGGAAGCUGCUUAGCAAUGAUGGUCAAGCCGAGCGCAUUCAAUUUAUUUCUAUUGUGGGAGGUGCUGGAAUAGGAAAGACUGCAGUGACACAACUUGUUUACAACACUCCUGAAGUGGAGAAUUAUUUUGAUUGCAGGGCAUGGGUAUUUGUUGGCGAGGAAUUCAAUCUUAACCGGAUCAUAAGGUCCAUUAUAGAAAGUGUGACUGCUAAAUCAUUGAAUGAGACUGACCUCGAAGCACUGUUGUUUAAAUUUCGUCAAACUUUUGAUCAUAAGAGAUGCCUUUUCGUUCUGGAUGACAUCUGGCUUGAAGAUGAUCUCCAAUGGGAAGAACUAAAGCAGUGGUUCCAUUUCACCGAUCUGGGAAGUCGCACUUUGAUUACCACAAGAAACAAGGGGAUUGCAGACAGAAUAUGUUCAGAAACAAACAUCGUGCUUCUCGAUCCUCUUUCUGUCUCGGCUUGUUGGUCAAUUAUCAAAGACUAUGCAUUUGGUCAUUCAGUUAACGAGACAAAAGCAGCAGAAAUGUUCAAUGAAGUGGGAAAAGACAUUGUACAGAAGUGUAACGGCGUGCCGCUGAUGGCGAAAUCUCUUGGUAAUAUCUUGCGUGGCAAGAAUUCCAUACAAGAGUGGCAACAAGUAUUGGCAAGUGAGACAUGGGAUUCAGCAGAAUUGUUGUCUUCAGUUAUGUUGAGCUAUCUUUCGAUGCCACCCGAAUUAAGACAAGUCUUAUUGUAUUGUUCAGUCUUUCCUAAGAAUCAUUCCAUAGAUGUGGGCAAGUUAAUCAAACUGUGGAUGGCACAAGGUUUUAUUGCCUCAGAUGAAAACGAAAUGGAAAGAGAGGGGUGGAAGUACAUUAAACAGUUGUUAGACCGCAACAUCUUUGAAGAAUUUAAUCAGGAUAGUCAUGGUUGCUUCAAGUGCAAAUUGGAGAGUGGAAUGAGCGACUUAAUCCAUUUUCUUGCAAAAAAUGAAUCCCACAGAGUGCUUAUUGACUAUAUGAAGGAGGCUAGAGUGGCUGAUGAUACAACAAUACUUCGUCAUUGCACCCUAAUCAUUGCAGCUCAAUCUUCUCUGCCGGAGCCCAUUGCCAAUGCAAAGAAACUACGCACUUUGAUGAUUUUGUCUGAGUAUUUCUUUUCAGAUCCAACGACCCUUGCUAGAGUACUGAGUCAUUUGAAGGUGGUCAGGGCAUUGGACUUGAGCUCUUGUUUGAUCAAAGAGCUUCCAUCAAACAUUGGGGAAUUGUUACUUCUAAGGUAUCUUGACUUAUCUUUUAAUCGUGAUUUGAAGAAGUUGCCUAAAGCAAUCUGUGGCUUGCUUCAUUUGCAAACUUUGAAUCUAAAUGGAUGUGAUAGACUUCAAAAACUACCAAAAGGCAUAGGAAAUCUAAUCAAGUUGCGGCAUCUUGAGAUUCUUUGGACGACAAGUCUUAGCUACUUACCAAAAGGGGUUGCAAAUUUAACUUUGCUCAGAACAUUGAGUCGUUUCAUUGGGAGUAGUGUUGCUGGUAGCAAAGCAUGCAAUCUUGGAGAUUUGAAAGAGCUAAAUCUCAUUCAAGGGUCCAUCACCAUAGAUGGUUUGGGAGGUGAAACUUGUGUUGAUGAAGCUUCAAAAGCAUGUUUGAAAAAUAAGAAAGACCUGCUUGGCUUGGAACUGUGCUUUUCUUCUGUAGGUUCAGAGAUUAACCACGACGAAGGUGUACUUAAUGCAUUGGAAGCGCCUCCUGAAUUGCAAUGCCUUGAGAUAUUCUUUUAUCGAGGACAGUUGUUGCCUGAUUGGAUGAAAACAUUGAGGAAUCUAAGGCACCUAGUGCUUGCUCAUUGGAGUAAAUGCAGUAUCUUACCCUCUCUUGGGCACCUGCUUUCUCUUGAAUCACUUGAGAUCAGGUAUAUGCCUAAUGUGAAGAUUGUAGGCUCUGAUUUUCUAGGAUUGUCACCGGACAAUGCUGUCAGCUGCGACCAAGUUUCCUCAUCAAUAGUUGCAUUUCCCAGAUUGCAAAAGCUUUGCUUUGAAAUCAUGAAUGGCUGGGAAGACUGGUCUGGCAAUGGCAGCCAUGCCAAUAUCAUGCCAUUGCUUUCUGCUUUGUCAAUUGAAAACUGCCCAAAGUUAAGGACUCUUCCACAGUAUAUACUGGAGAAGAAAGAUUUGAAACGUGAUAUAAAAAAUUGUCCUGUUCUGGAAGCAUACAACAAUAAUAGCACCAGCAACAACAACCACCAUAGUGUCUUAUCCAAUUAGGUGGAAGUAGAUUUUCAGGUUAAGUUUAAAGCGGUUUCCAACCAUCCAUGGCGUUUCUAAAAGUAUUUGAAAGCUACAAUGACUGUGCAGUCUCCAGAGAAUGUUGCAAGAUCUGCGUGUGUCAAACUUUUCUGCUGUCUAUAUUCAAAGGGUAUUUGGAAAGUGGAAGGUGAUUGAAUGUCUCCGGAGCCAAAAUCAAUUUCUCAAAACAUUGUUCUGAUACUAGGAUGUAAUAUGUAACUAUUAACUACGGUUAUAUGCUUGCAUGACUUAUUUGGCUUGCUUUCUAUAUUCUGUGAGGUUUCAGUUUCAGUUUCACUAUGUUUUUACCCUCUGAUGUUUGUUUCCUAUGAACUUCUAAUACCAGACCAUGAUUUAUUUGUGUGAUGGGAAUAUGAUUUAUUUCCUAUGU